AUGAUAGGCCGACGUUUUAUGAAGGCAGUGAAGGCGAUCGCUGUAAUUUUUGUGGUAAGUUGAUUGAUUCUUUAUCAGUUUUUUUUUGGGUUUAGACCUUUAGUUUCAUCAAGAUCAUCAACAAUUCGGACGAUUCCUCGCCACAAUUGGAGCUGUUGGAAUCGAGUGGAGAUGAUUUUAUGAAGACGUUGAAUAUCACAGUAAAUGAUAGCAGACAGCUUGCCGGAGUGACGUUGGAUUCACCGGUGGAUAGGAAGGCGCUUUUGGAAUCAGUUGAAUACUUAAAUCACCAUCACAAGGUGCUGAACGAGGAGGAAUUUGGCAAAAUAACACCAGACAAUGUGGAGUCAAUUCUUGUGAUUCAGGUAAGCAUAGAUGUUUUGUUUAUAAGUGGCUUUUCAAAGGUUUUUGUAUUGUUUUUCUAUCAACUGAUCAGAUAUCAAGUAUAAUAUAAGUUUGCUUAUUUUUUAGGUACACAAUCGACCUGAAUACUUGAAAUACUUGAUAGAAUCGUUAAGUAAAGCAAGGGGAAUUCAAAAAUCGUUGUUGGUGUUUAGUCACGACAUUCAUCACAAUGAAAUUAAUCAAUUGAUCAAGUCGAUCAACUUCACAAGGGUAAGCUAACUUCUAUUGCUUUAUAAUCUCAUUCUUUUGCUUCUAAUUAUCUAUAUCUUAUUAUUGAAUAAUUCUAUGACAAUUAAGCUUUCUAACAAGCCUGAUUUUGUUACAAAUCAUAGCUGUUUUUAUAUAAUUCUUAUCGAUAUUGUUUUAGGCGAUCCAAAUAGUCUAUCCCAAUAACAUUCAGCUGUUUCCGAACAAGUUUCCAGGUCAAGAUCCUAAUGAUUGCCCUGAUCGGAUAUCAAAGGCAAAGUAAGUUAUUUAUAUUUGUUUUUAUUUCGUCUUUAGAGCUGAAGAAAUGAAGUGUAACAACUGGGAAUGGCCGGAUAAGUAUGGCAAUUAUCGACUGUCUAAACUGUCACAAAUCAAACACCAUUGGUGGUGGAAGGUGAGUAGUAGCCUUAUUAUUGGUUAGAGAAACUUUUUGGAUCAAAAGUAUCUUGAUAGUGAUUAUAUUUUUGAGAUAUAUGAAGUUUUUGGCUGUAUAAUCUAAUUUUUAGUUGACAGUUUGCUAAAAUUUGAUUUUUACUGUUAUAGAAGUCUUAGCUAAUUAAAAAGCGUAUUUCAGAUGAACUAUGUGUUCGAUGGGAUCGUAAAAAAGUACAAUUUGGACGAGAAAUAUGUCAUGUUAUUGGAAGAAGAUCAUUAUGUAGCCCCAGACGUACUGUAUGUAUUGGAGAAGAUGAUUGAACACAAGGAGCAGGAUUGCGAGAAAUGUGAAGUGCUAUGUUUAGGCUUUUACCUCAAAAACUAUAACAGAUACAACAGUGAUAUUGAUAAGCUGAGUGUCCAGAAAUGGUUUUCUUCCAAACAUAACAUGGGAAUGGCUAUAAACUUACGGACCUGGACCAAAGUUAGGGAAUGUUCUCAGGUAGGUUUUUUUAUUUUCAAGGUACUGACGGCAUAUUUUUUGGCAUGAGUUUUUAAAUUUUUAAUAUUUUUGGCUUUAGGCGUAUCAAAUUUGAAUUUUUUAAAAUUUUAGGUAAUAAAAUUCUAAAAUUUCAGUUUUUCUGCACAUACGAUGACUAUAACUGGGAUUGGUCAAUGUUACAAGUCAGUUUGAAGUGUCUGAAAGAACCUUUCUACACCAUUGUUGCCAAAUCCCCAAGGGUCAUUCAUGUCGGGGAUUGUGGAGUUCAUACCCACAAGUGUAACAUCAGAAGUUCGCUGGAUAAUGCAUUGUGAGUUUUUUUGAUUUAUGGAUUUUAGGGUUUGAAAUGGGCGUGGAAAUGAUUUUUUUUACUUAAUUGAUAAAAAUUUUUAAUAUUAAAAUUUGAGUAUAAAUUAUUUCUGCUACCUAAAAUCAGUAAAAAAUUAUUUUUUUAUCUAAAUUUCGAUAUAAAAUUUUUGUUACCUAAAGUCUAUACCUAUCUCACCUUUAGAGACCUUUUCAAACGUGACAUCUUCUUCCCACAAACGUUAUCACGCUCCGAAGUGCUGAAACGAUCCCUAAAACCUUCGAAACCGAACGGUGGAUGGGGUGACAAACGUGAUCAUGAACUCUGCAUUAACAACACUUAUCCAUACAACUUGAUUUCAGCAUGA